CCAAAAUUUGUAGAUUGUGGUGUCAGAUCCUGUGUCUCACAGCCUUCUAAGCUGUCGUCAGGAGACAAUGGUGAGGGCCAAGAUGCCUUUCCUUCAGCCAAAUCACAGCAACCAUGUACUGAACCAUGCUGUUAGCGUAGCAGUGGCAGUGAUCACCCAGGUGAUCUCAGACAUCUUCUUUGUCCUGGGAAAGGACAGCAGCGUCCCCAAUGCUCUGUUUCAAACCUCAUUCAGAGAAGUGUCUGAGACCUUCCCCCUAGAGGUGACUAUGGACUGGUGGUCUGAAAAUUACUGCAUUAUAAUUGACCUGUGGUCUAAGGCUUGGCUUCUGGAUGCAGUGGUCAACCUUUGUAGAAGAAAUGUUUUCGGCCCUGUGUCCUGCAAUCCAGAGCUCCACCCUCCAGUGUUCUACCAGCUGUGGGCCACGGUUAAUAUUGCAAGGAUGUACAGCAUGUAUCUGUGGAGCAGACAGUUUAUACUUGGAGCUGUUCUGCUCCAGUGGAUUCCACCAGUCUUCAGCUUCUGCAUGCUCUACAUGUCCUACUCCAACCUGAGCAAGCACAAAGCCUGGCUAGCCAUAAACAGCCCGAGUAUGAUCUCACGGAUACGUUACUUGACCCAGAACGGGUUGGCCUUGUUUGCCUGGUGGUCUCUGCUGAACGCUCUGGUGGGUCUCGGCGUAGUUCUCAAACACAAGGCUGGUGUGCCGGACCCUCUGGUCAGCACCAUCGUCCUCACCAUUGUCUCCUUGUGCAUUAUCACUUGGUUCGUCCUCCAGACCUUUCUGCUCACCAAGUACAUGUGCCACACAUUCACCGUUUACGCAGUUGUCGUCAUGAGCCUCGGAUCAAUGUUCACUAGAAGCUAUCACAUCCGCGACCUCGCAGCAAACACAGUUUACUGCGGGUUCAUCAUGCUGAUGACAACAAUCAUGAGCUUGAUCCAUUUGGUCACGGUGUGUUUGUGCACGGAUGAGUCAAGCAAACCCCUUGUUAUGGAGCCUCUUAAAUUUGAUGACUGUGUGACAGUGUGUCAACUGGAAGGCAGCGUCAAAAACAACCAACUGUACAACCGACAUCAAAUAUGAAAAUAAAAAACGCUGUUAAAUGAAUCAGAUUAUCCUAAAAAGAAUGGAAAUAAAAAAAAGGAUAUUUCACUAUU